CGGCCCGCCCCCCAGCGGCGGCGGCCGGAAACAAUAGCGCAGCGGGAGCGGCGAGGACCGGCAGGAGGAGCGGCCCAGGGACACUAUGAAUGAAGAGCAGUUUGUGAACAUUGACUUGAACGAUGACAAUGUUUGCAGUAUUUGUAAACUGGGGACAGACAAAGAAACUCUCUCGUUUUGCCACGUCUGUUUUGAGCUCAACAUUGAGGGGGUCCCAAAGUCUGACCUCUUGCACACCGGAUCCCUAAGAGGACACAAAGACUGUUUUGAGAAGUUCCACUUGAUAGCCAACCAGGACUGUCCCCGCUCCAAACUCUCCAAGAGCACGUACGAAGAAGUCAAAACGCUCCUGAGCAGAAAGAUCCACCGGAUCGUCCACUACGCCCAGAACAGGGAUUUCGAGGCGGACCCCGAGGGCUCCAAGCAGCCCCAGCUGUUCCCCUUCCAGCCCCCGGCCGAGAGGAGGCUGCUGCCUCAGUGGGACUCCCGGGUCCCGAGGUAUUCGGCCACGUGGAGAGAGGGCAGCCAGGGUUCGCAGGGCGAGCCCGCCGGCUUCCGGCUGGAGAUGGCACCGGACGUGGGGACCCCUCUGCCCCCCAAAAGCCCCCCGUGGGCCGAAGGCGACGGCCCGACCCUGGAGAAGGAGCCGGAGGCUCGCGGGCCGGACUCCGGGGUCCGGCGCCCGCGGUACAGCCGUGAAGAACUGCACUCGCUGAGCCUCGGGGAAGUAGAGGAGCUGAACGGACAGCUUCGGCAGCAGAUCCAGGAGGUGUUUGAGGAGCUGACCCGCCAGGUGCAGGAGAAGGACUCUCUGGCCUCAGAGCUCCACGUCCGCCACGUCGCCAUCGAGCAGCUGCUCAAGAACUAUUCCAGGCUCCCGUGCGUGCAGGUGGGACGCGCUGCGGGGGUCAAGCCGGACCCCCCCGUCGACAACUGAUGCCGCCCUGCGCCAGCCCCCUCCCCGGGGCAUACAGGACCACCUUCGGCGUGUGUUCGCGAGAGGGCGGAUCUCUUGUACGUGGGAUUUGGUUCCUCUCGAAGGGUCAUUUCCCCCAGUCUGGUGGCCCCCUCUCAACAACAACAAAAUAUAUACAUAUAUAUGUGCAAUGUGAUUUAAAAAAAAAAAAAAUUAGGUUCUCGCUCUCAUACCUAUCACCUGCCAAAUUAACGGGAGGUUGAAUCAGAUCGGCGUGAAGACUAAAGAGCAUUUGCAAAGGCCAAGUUGGGUGCGAGAGACCCGCCUUUUUAUUACGAGCAAUAUUUUCUUAAGGAAAUUUUAUACAGAAGCGUUAUUUUUCGGUACCUUUCCAAACCUCUUUAUAGAUGUGUUUUUUCGAAUGACUCUGUAAGCUGUUGACCCCCUUGUAUACGACUACGGUCAUCCAUAUUUCAGGCCCCUAUUUUAUUUUCGUACUACCACGUUUUUACAACUCGAAUCUCGUUUUCCAAAGAUCUGAGCGGAGCUGAACGGAGCUCCGGCCAGGCGAUAUCCCCUUCCGUGAGAGACUUUUGGACCUCCUGAGGCGGAGAUCCUCUUCGAGGGCGGUUAAAGCCAAAUGGGGCGACUUCCCCGGAGAUCCAUUCCAAAUGAGUUACCUUAGCCAACGUCAAAGCCAAUGAAACUUAAUGUAUUCUGCUUUAGGCUCCACAGAAACCAAAGCCCCUUUUACUGCACUAUCAAGCUCAUAAGUAUCGCGCAGGUCGGACGGGAACUGGAGAGGACUAUCGUGACGGCCAAGUUUGCCAUCUCCGGUUCGGAGCCGUGGAAAGUUGCCGCACUGGACAUGAGAAGUUUAAGAGCACCUCGUGGAGAGAGAGCUGGAGGAUGUUCGGCAAGAAGAAAGAUUUUCCCAUUGGAAAGUCAAUAACCUAGAAAGCGAACCUUUCAGGAUUCGGGGCUGACGACCUCGUCUUCCAACGUCGUCCUCGACGUCUCGGCGGAGUUUCUGGGCCUCCACCGACGGCGUCUCCCAACGUCUGGGCGGAUUUCUCGCUGACAUGAUAGGUCACGGUAAGAGCCACGACCGAUGCAAAGCCGAGUUAGUCCGCAAUCCAUGUCCUUCCAGAGGGAGCGGCCCGAAGAAGCUAAAACAGACGUCUCCGUGAGGAAAAUCCGGACCCUGAGGGAAGGCUGCGGCUGUAGAGGCGGAGAGGCUAUAGCCGCCCGUGGGAGACGAUAUCUGGUCUAUCGGCCCCUAAACCGGGUCACCUUACUCUUUUAUCGACCACCGGCGAAUUCACAGAGUUCGGUGACGAGAGCAAAUCACCUUUGACACGCUGCCAUCUCACCCCCGCCUGGGUAACGUCAGUCCGCUGUCAUCCCAUGUUGAGGCCCACAGCCUCCUUGUGAUGCUUGAGGCGGAUCUCCCCGACAUCUUGCGGGGUUUGGAUCGGUGAGGUGGCAAGUUCGGUGAGGUGGGAGCCUCUAUGGCCUUUGUCCCCGCCUAAAGCACCACAGCACCCUGCUUGUGUGAACGUUUCUCUGUGACUUUGGAUCCAUUCAUUCAUUCGGUCGUAUUUAUU